AUGUCUACUUCUACACUAAGAGUAGACGUGUCACAAAAUGGUUACAUCAGGAAUGCUGACUCAUCUAGCAGCAUGGCCGAGUUGGAAGCAUACGAUUUUUCAAGAUUCCCAAAUCGUCCCCGAAGUCUGAAUCUUGAAAAACAGAAAUCAUGUGAUGAAAGGUCUCUUUCAGAUUUGCCAUUGGGAUUAUCACCUCAUCCUCCUUCCCGGGCCGAUACCUUCUAUCGAGCUUUUGACCACUUGGUUGGUGUUUCGUCACCUUGCAAGAGAUCCGGUUUUAAUACACCGAAUUCACAGUUUGGAUAUGGGCAGAAUAUAUAUGAGACUCACCCCAUGGUGGCUGAGGCUUGGGACAAUAUAAGAAGGUCGAUGGUUUACUUUCGUGGCCGGCCAGUUGGGACUAUAGCUGCUCUAGACAACUCGGAUGAAAAACUUAAUUAUGAUCAGGUAUUUGUGAGAGAUUUUGUUCCUAGUGCAUUGGCUUUUCUUAUGAAUGGCGAACCCGAAAUCGUGAAGAAUUUUCUCUUAAAAACUCUUCGCCUUCAGUCAUGGGAAAAGAAAAUCGACCGAUUCCAGUUGGGUGAAGGUGUUAUGCCAGCCAGUUUCAAAGUGUUGCACGACCCAGUAAGGAAUACCGAGACACUAUUGGCCGAUUUUGGCGAGAGUGCAAUAGGUCGAGUGGCCCCUGUUGAUUCGGGAUUCUGGUGGAUUAUUUUACUAAGGGCGUAUACAAAAUCAACUGGGGACGCCUCUUUAGCCGAGAUGCCUGACUGCCAAAAGGGCAUGAGGCUGAUUCUCAGUUUAUGCCUCUCGGAAGGGUUCGACACAUUUCCAACGCUUCUUUGUGCUGAUGGGUGCUGUAUGAUUGAUCGAAGGAUGGUGAGCUUUUACCUUCUUUUUUUCUUUUGUUUUGGAUUGAUAGGUUUGUUGGUAUAUAAACGUAUAGUUAAACGCCUUCACGCCUUGAGCUACCACAUGCGGAGCUACUUCUGGCUCGACCUCAAGCAGCUCAACGAUAUCUACCGAUACAAGACAGAGGAAUAUUCCCACACUGCAGUCAACAAGUUCAACGUCAUGCCCGAUUCGCUCCCCGAGUGGGUAUUUGAUUUCAUGCCCCUUCACGGGGGCUACUUUAUCGGGAAUGUGGGGCCCUCAAAGAUGGAUUUUCGAUGGUUCUGCUUGGGGAACUGUGUAGCAAUCCUCUCGUCUCUUGCUACGCACGAGCAAUCGGUAGCGAUUAUGGACUUGAUAGAGUCGAGGUGGGAGGAGUUGGUGGGGGAUAUGCCGCUAAAGGUUUGCUACCCGGCAAUCGAGAAUCAUGAGUGGCGGAUCGUGACUGGCUGUGACCCGAAGAACACGAGGUGGAGUUAUCAUAAUGGCGGAUCGUGGCCGGUACUUUUAUGGCUCCUAACAGCCGCGUGCAUCAAAACUGGGAGGCCCCAAAUUGCGAGGCGAGCCAUCGAACUUGCCGAGAGCAGACUUUCGAAAGACGGUUGGCCCGAAUAUUACGAUGGGAAGCUGGGCCGGUUUAUCGGGAAGCAGGCUCGGAAAAACCAGACUUGGUCAAUCGCGGGCUAUCUUGUGGCGAAGAUGUUGAUUGAGGAUCCUUCGCAUUUAGGUAUGAUCGCUAUCGAGGAGGAUAAGAACCUGAAGCCCGUUUUGAAGCGAUCCGCUUCUUGGACCUUUUGA